ACCCUGAUCAAAGUUCGUCCUCGGCUUGAAGGAGAAUCAUGGUUCUGUUCAACAUGGGACCUGAAGGCAGAUUGAGGAAAAUUGCUGUUCUGAUCGGCGUUUUUGUCAUUUUAAAGGUGCAGGCUGAUCCGGCAAUAACUGAUGAUGAAGCAGAUGCCGGUGAACUUAGAGAUGACAUUCUUGAAAUUAACAGAGGAUUGACACAUCUGUUUGAGGGAGACAUUGCUGUCAAUCCAAAAAGAAACGCCAUCCUUGAUGAAACAAGAAGAUGGACGUUUCCCAUACCUUACAUCCUAACUGAUUCCUUAGAUCUGAACGCUAAGGGUGUAAUUCUUCAAGCGUUUGAGGAAUACCGCUUGAGAUCCUGCGUGGAUUUUAAACCCUAUGAGGGAGAAUCCACCUACAUCUCCUUCGUCAAGCUCUCUGGUUGCUGGUCAUACGUCGGAGACGAUGGGACAGGCCAGAACGUGUCCAUUGGUGACCGGUGUGACACCAAGGCCAUAGUGGAGCACGAGCUUCUGCACGCGCUGGGCUUCUACCACGAGCAGUCCCGUUCAGACCGAGAUGACUACGUCAAAAUCUGGUGGGACGAAAUUGAAGAAGGGAUGGGGCACAAUUUCAACAAAUAUGAAGAUGACUUUAUCACAGACCUGAACACACCGUACGAUUAUGAGUCCAUCAUGCACUACAGACCGUUGUCCUUUAAUAAGAAUGAAAGCAUCCCCACAAUUACAACCGUCAUACCAUACUUUAACAAUGUCAUUGGUCAGCGGUUGGACUUCAGCGAAGUAGACAUCACCAGGCUCAACCGCAUGUAUGACUGUGCUGAGACACAUACUCUGCUGGAUCAGUGCUCUUUUGAGCUCAUAAACAUCUGUGGAAUGAUCCAGAAUGAGGACGACAAUGCAGACUGGGUCCAGACGCUGAGCAGUCCAAGCGACGGGGAUCAUACCCUGGAGGGACGCUGUAGAGAUUCUGGCUACUUUAUGAAGUUUGACACUUCUUCCGGUGCAGUGGGCAGCAGCGCCCUGCUGGAGUCACGCAUCCUCUACCCAAAGAGAAGUGAACAGUGUCUCCAGUUCUUCUAUAAGAUGACCGGAGCAGCCGGGGACAAACUGGUGAUCUGGAUCAGAAGUGAUGACGGGACGGGAGCCGUGAACACCAUCAGAAAGAUCCACACUAUCACAGGCAAUGGAGAUGAUGCCUGGAAAAUUGCUCACGUGAAUCUUAAAAUGUCCAAAAAGUUCCGUUACGUUUUACAAGGAAUCAGAGGAUCGGCCGGCUCCUCGGGCGCCAUCUUAAUCGAUGACAUCACUCUAACUGAGACCGUCUGUCCCAGUCUUGUCUGGCAAAUCCGCAAUUUCACUGGCGUUCUCGCCACAACUCCCGUCGGCACGCCUGUAAGGAGCAAAUGCAUUUAUAGCGCGGAGGGCUAUUCGUUCGGAGUCACUGUCUACCCGAAUGGAAGAGAGAGCGAAUACCCGGAUUAUGUUGGCGCAACGUUGCAUCUCUGCAGUGGGGAAAAUGACUGAGUGAUGCAGUGGCCAGCAGAAAACAGGCAGGCCACCAUUGUAGCGCUGGAUCAGGACCCAGAUGUUACACUGAGGAUGUCUUCCACAAGAAGCUUCACCUCAGACAAUAACACCCGCUGGGACAAGCCGACCACCACGUCUAAUGCAGUCUGGGAUGAGAGCUGCCAGUGCUACCGGGGUCAAGAUUACGGCUGGAGCACGUUCAUAUCCCACAUCCAACUACAGCGGAGGAGCUUCCUCAAGAAUGAUGACCUCAUCAUAACUGCUGACUUCAAUCUUUUGACAAAAGACAACCUCUAAAAUCUGACGCCACUCCGUUUUUGUUUAGAAAGUUGCAUUCGUGUCUUCUUCAGGGGAUUUUUGAGUCAUUUGUUUAAGCAGUUAUUGGUACAGCGACACCAGAGACGAGAGGGUGAGCAAGUUUUUCAAAGGGUUUGGUUCAUUCGACAGCAGCGCGCGAACCACACCGGCUGAAAAUAUAUCAAACGUUGGAACUUUAGUCCCGAAUCAAACCAGGUCUACCGGGCUAUCAGGUGUGAAAACACCCUUAGUGACUGCAGUUCAAGGUGGAAGAGGAGAAAGCAUUAACAUAUGACCGGAAACGUCUUGUCUCUCUUCCCAGGUGUGCAUCAACCCAGGCCACCUUCUAUUCUGGCCCGAGGUGUGAGGAAGUGAAAAUAGACAGAGGCAUCCUGGGAGCUCUCAUCGGCGGUGCGGCGGGAACUGUGGUUCUAACGUUGGCCAUCUUCGCUGUCAUCAGGAGAUCUCACAACAACCCGUUUUAAAAUGUUCGGGUUCCCGUUUAGCACAGCAAAAGACUGGACCAGUGCUGGUCCGGUCUUUAAACAUACAGAAAUGUUUCAAAUUACAAAAAUGAACUCUUCCAUUCCAAGAGACGCUCAAAGCCAGGAAAACACUGAGAACAUUGAUACAAAUGGAUAGUUUAGCAGAAGUAGUUUCAAAACACUCACUUGGUGUGCAACAGGGAAGAAAAGUGAAUAAUUUAUGUUGCAAUAUAGGCUUUAAUUAACUAAAUUAAUUUAAUAAUAUUGGUUUAGUAGCACUUGUUGUCAUGGUAACAGAUUCAGCAAAUAAAAAUGUACAACGGCGCUUGAGUUUCUAAACCUCUUUAUUUCAUUAUAACUUCUAAUACAUACAGCAAUAUACAAGUAUUGUUUACAGCUUGUAGUUAAUCAAAUUAUGUAAAUUAACUUUUUUUUUAAAUAAACCGAUCACAAACAGA